AUGAACUUUGUUAAGGGGACUCCUGUAAACAUUACACUCGGGUCACAUGUCUGGGUAGAGGAUCCAGACCUUGCAUGGACUAAUGGAGAAGUAACAGAAAUCAAAGGCACUAAUGCAACAAUACUCACCGCAGAUGAGAAAACAAUUGUUGCCAGUAUCUCUAGCAUAUAUCCAAAGGAUACAGAGGCGCCACCUGCAGGAGUUGAUGACAUGACUAAACUGGCUUACCUCCAUGAGCCAGGGGUCCUCCAUAAUCUGGCUUGCCGAUUUUCACUAAAUGAGAUAUAUACAUACACUGGAAACAUCUUGAUUGCUGUGAAUCCAUUCCAAAGACUUCCACAUUUGUAUAGUGUCCAUAUGAUGGAGCAAUAUAAAGGAGCAGCUUUUGGAGAGCUAAGCCCGCAUCUGUUUGCUGUUGCAGACACUAGUUACAGGGCGAUGAUAAAUGAAGCAAAGAGCCAGUCCAUUUUGGUUAGUGGAGAGAGUGGAGCUGGGAAGACAGAGACAACCAAAAUGCUCAUGAGAUAUCUUGCAUUCAUGGGUGGCAGAUCAGAUACAGAAGGGAGAAGUGUUGAACAACAAGUGUUGGAAUCUAACCCAGUGUUGGAAGCUUUCGGAAACGCCAAAACUGUGAAAAACAACAACUCAAGUCGGUUUGGAAAGUUCGUUGAGAUCCAAUUUGACAAGCGUGGGAAGAUAUCUGGAGCUGCAAUCAGAACUUAUCUUCUAGAACGGUCACGUGUUUGCCAAGUCUCAGACCCUGAGAGGAACUAUCAUUGCUUCUACAUGCUAUGUGCAGCACCACCUGAGGAAGUUAAGAAGUUCAAGCUAGGGGAUCCAAGGACGUUCCACUAUCUGAAUCAGACAAACUGCUAUGAGGUUUCUAAUGUAGAUGAUGCAAGAGAGUAUUUGGAAACCAGAAAUGCUAUGGACAUUGUUGGUAUUGGACAAGAGUCACAGGAUGCCAUAUUCCGAGUUGUAGCUGCCAUCCUCCACCUUGGAAAUGUCAAUUUUAUGAAAGGAGAAGAUGCAGAUUCAUCAAAACUCAGGGAUGAUAAAUCAAGAUAUCAUCUUCAAACAGCAGCAGAACUACUCAUGUGUGAUGAAAAGAUGCUGGAGGAUUCACUCUGCAAGCGUGUAAUUGUUACUCCUGAUGGUAACAUUACAAAGCCACUUGACCCUGAAUCAGCAGCCUUAAACCGUGAUGCUUUAGCCAAGACUGUAUACUCGAGGUUAUUUGACUGGAUUGUGGACAAGAUCAACAGCUCAAUAGGUCAAGAUCCAAAUGCUACAAGCUUGAUCGGGGUCCUAGAUAUUUAUGGUUUUGAAAGCUUCAAGAUCAACAGUUUUGAGCAGCUAUGCAUCAAUCUCACAAAUGAGAAGUUGCAGCAGCACUUCAAUCAGCAUGUAUUCAAGAUGGAGCAAGAGGAAUACACAAGGGAGGAAAUCGACUGGAGCUAUGUUGAAUUCGUUGACAACCAAGACGUCUUAGAUCUCAUUGAGAAGAAACCAGGAGGCAUAAUCGCUUUACUCGAUGAAGCAUGCAUGUUUCCCAAGUCUACCCAUGAGACGUUUGCACAGAAGAUGUAUCAAACAUAUAAAGGACACAAGCGUUUCAGCAAACCUAAGCUUGCCAGAACAGCCUUCACUGUCAACCACUAUGCAGGAGAUGUUACAUAUUCAGCAGAGUUCUUUCUCGACAAGAACAAGGACUAUGUUGUGGCAGAACAUCAAGCUUUGUUAGAUGCAUCUAAGUGCUCUUUUGUCGCUAAUCUGUUUCCACCAUUGGCAGAAGACGCAUCAAAGCAGUCCAAGUUUUCAUCAAUUGGGACACGUUUCAAGCAACAACUCCAAGCGCUAAUGGAGACGCUGAACACAACGGAGCCUCAUUAUAUUAGAUGUGUGAAGCCAAAUACAGUUCUAAAGCCAUCCAUUUUCGAGAAUGACACCGUCCUAAACCAACUAAGAUGCGGAGGUGUACUGGAAGCUAUAAGAAUCAGUUGUGCUGGUUAUCCAACAAAACGAGCAUUUGAUGAGUUUCUUGAUCGUUUUGUGAUGCUAGCAACAGAUGUACCAGAAGGAUCUGAUGAAAAGGCUGCAUGUGCUUCAAUCUGUGACAAAAUGGGUUUAAAAGGCUAUCAGAUAGGGAAAACAAAGAUAUUUCUUAGGGCUGGACAGAUGGCUGAACUAGAUGCGCGAAGAACCGAGGUUUUGGCAGGUGCAACUAGGCUCAUUCAGAGGCAAAUCAGGACUUAUCUGACAAGAAAAGAGUUCCUUGGUCAGAAAAAGGCUACAAUUUUUGUGCAGAAACUUGUGAGAGCACAACUUGCACGAAAGUUAUAUCAAAACAUGCGAAGGGAAGCUGCUUCAAUUUGUAUCCAAAAGAACACCCGUGCUCAUAGAGCAAGGAUGAGCUACACUAACCUCCAGGCUUCAGCAACAGUUAUUCAGACUGGUUUACGGGCAAUGGAUGCUCGAAACAUACAUAGACACAGAAGAAGAACAAAGGCUGCAAUUAUUGUUCAGAGGGAAUGGAGAAGAUACCAAGCUCAUGAAUCUUAUAACCAGUACAAGAAAUCAACAUUAGCACUGCAAUGUCUGUGGAGAGCUAAAGUAGCUCGAAAAGAGCUCAAAAAGCUCAAAAUGGCUGCAAGAGAAACUGGGGCACUGAAGGAAGCUAAAGACAAGUUAGAGAAGCGUGUGGAAGAGCUAACCUGGCGUCUUGAAUUAGAGAGACAUCAAAAGGUUGAUCUAGAAGAAGCCAAAGCACAAGAGAUAGCGAACCUACAAAAUGCUUUGACUGAGUUGCAAGUGAAGCUAGAUGAAGCCCAAGCUGCAAUCAUACAAGAGAAAGAAGCAGCAAAACUAGCCAUUGAACAAGCUCCACCAGUCAUCAAAGAAGUUCCAGUUGUGGACAACACUCAACUGGAGUUACUGAGCAGUCUAAACAAUGAGCUAGAGGUUGAGGUAGAGAAAUUAAAAGGGAAAAUUGAGGAGUUUGAAGCAGUGUGUUCUGCACUUGAGAGAGAUAACAAGGCAAGUCUAACUGAAACAGAAGAUGCAAAAGCAAAGGCCACUCAACUUCAAGAGGUCAUUGAAAGAUUACAAACGAACCAGUCAAACCUUGAAUCUGAAAAUCAGGUCUUGCGCCAGCAGGCUUUAACUGCUUCAACAAGCGCCGUAGAGCCUGGAGAGUUAAACAGCCUUAAGGACAGGAUUGCAAUUCUAGAGUCAGAAAAUGAAAAUCUUCGCAGACAAACAACUGCUGUAGAUAAUACAGUACCUACUGAAGCAGUUUCUGCAUCUGCAAAGGAUCUUGAAAAUGGACAUCAAACAGAAGAGAUUCAGGAGACAAAGUUUCAGGAGCCAAGGACUCCAGUCACUGUGUUAGCAAAACAAAGCUCCCUAACAGAUAGGCAACAGGAGAGCCAUGAUCUGCUGCUGAAAUGCCUCACAGAGGAGAGAAGGUUUGAUAAUGGCAGAUCUGUGGCAGCCUGGAUAAUUUACAAGACACUACUUCAAUGGAGAUCAUUUGAACUUGAGAAAACAAAUAUAUUUGACAGAACUGUUCAUAAAAUCAGAUCAUCCAUUGAGAAGAGCCAAGAUGACCCAAGGGAGCUAACGUAUUGGCUCACAACAAACUCUACCCUUUUAUAUCUUCUACAAUCUACACUCAAGUUCAGCAAUACAAAUAACUCUGCUUCAAGACGUAACAGACCAUCUCAGACUACACUAUUUGGGAGACUGGUGCAAGGGUUGCAAUCAUCUUCAGUGGGAUUGGAAACAUCCAGUGGCUACAGUGGGAUGGUUGGUAUAUCAAAUGACCAAAAGAUUGUUGAAGCCAAGUACCCAGCGUUAUUAUUCAAGCAACACAUAGCUGCAUACGUUGAGAAAACAUAUGGAAUGAUCCGAGAUAACUUGAAGAAAGAGAUAAACCCGUUACUAAAUCUCUGUAUCCAUGCACCAAGACCGACGAGAGCUAGAACAUUGCGAGAAGGAAGACACUUGAGCACAACUGCAAAGCAACAAGCAUCAUAUGUACAAUGGCAGAACAUCACUGAAAAGCUUGAACAUACACUGAUCUUGAUGGCAGCAAACCAUGUCCCAUCUAUGAUCACAAGAAAACUAUUCCAUCAAGUUUUCUCGUACAUAAAUGUGCAGCUCUUUAACAGUUUGUUGCUUCGUCGAGAGUGUUGUUCGUUUAGCAACGGCGAGUAUCUGAAAAUGGGUUUGCAUGAAUUAGAGCAGUGGUGCCUGAAGACAGAAGACGAGGCAGCACGGUCACCAUGGGAUGAACUUCAACACAUUAGGCAAGCAGUGAAGUUUCUGGUCUUGCAUCAAAAGACACAGAAAUCAUUAGACGAAAUUACAAAAGAGAUAUGCCCGGUACUAAGCAUUCCACAAGUAUAUCGCAUUGGGACUAUGUUUUGGGACGACAAGUAUGGAACUCAAGGACUCUCCCCUGAGGUGAUCAAAUUAGUGGCCGAAGAUUCAGUCAACAUGACUUACCCUUCUUUCUUGCUAGAUGUUGACUCAAGCAUUCCUUUCUCAGUGGAAGAUGUUUCACAAUCCUUCCACGGCGGGACCAUUAGCCUCUCCGACGUUGAUCCACCGCCGCUUCUCCGGCAGCGAUCUGAUUUCCACUUCUUAUUCCAGACAUUGCCUGAGUAAACAUCGUCUGAGAGUAAGGAGGACAACACCUAAUGGUGAAGUCAAAAUUAUUUAUUAAGCUAUCUAUGAUGUUCUUUCAUUUAUUACCGAAAGUGAAGCUUUUGCCAUUUUAUUUCCAUUUGUUUUCUCACAUUGAGCUACGAAGCUUCUCUUCUAUGCUUUUCUUUAUUCUUUUUGUUUGUUUGUUUGUUUUUUGUUUUUGGCUCUAUUCUUUACAAUUUGGAUGUGUGUAUAGGCAGGCAGACUUGAGAUUCAAAUGACACAUGCGUGGUGUGUACUCUUUCUUUUUGGUCUUUAAUUGCUAUCCAAAUUGUUUUAACAUCUAAAGACAAUAUGCUGCAAUCCCAUUUCUG